CACACACACACACACACACACACACACACACAGCGUGCACGAGCUAUUUCUAUUUCUGUCUUGGGUCGACCCCGACUAAAUGAGUUUUGUUGCUCUGUUUGAUUUCUCUUUCGGCACACUCUCGGGGUUCCAACUUAACUCCAGGUUUUGUUGGACUUUCACUGAAUACAAUUCACUUCAUCUGAGGUUUAAUAUAUUGUUAUUGCACUACUGUAGACUUUUUUUUGGGGGGUAGUAUUUUGGUGGAAAAAUCCUUUCCCCAGUCAGCUGUCACUGGAGGCAAGUGAACAGGAGUUUUAGAGCAGUUGAGGAACUCCAGCCUACAUUUACGCGCAGCUCUGAUCAGGGACAGGAGCGGAUUUCUCAAACUUUCUCAACAUCAUGGAAACCAACCCUAUACCGGUCCUAACCAUUCAAACAAGCCCGUUUGACGACCAGAGACCCGGGACAAACGGUUUGCGCAAGAAGACCACUGUAUUUGAGAGCAGAAAGAACUAUCUGCAGAACUAUAUUCAGAGUGUCCUGUCCUCCAUCGACCUGAGGGACCGUCAAGGAUGUACCAUGGUGGUGGGCAGUGAUGGGAGAUACUUCAGCCGAGCAGCAAUCGAGGUCAUUGUACAGAUGUCUGCUGCCAAUGGGAUAGGGCGCCUGGUGAUUGGGCACAAUGGCAUCCUGUCCACGCCGGCUGUCUCGUGCAUCAUCAGGAAGAUAAAAGCCAUUGGUGGUAUUAUUCUCACUGCCAGUCAUAGCCCAGGAGGCCCGGCUGGAGACUUCGGUGUCAAAUUCAAUGUAGCUAACGGAGGCCCUUCUCCAGACACAGUGAUGGAGAGGAUCUACCAGGUGAGCCGCACCCUGGAAGAAUUUGCCAUCUGCCCCGACCUACAUAUCGACCUGUCACGCCUGGGACGCCAAGAUUUCGAUCUAGAGAACAAGUUCAAGCCUUUUCGAGUUGAGAUUGUGGAUUCUGUUGAAAUCUACUUGAAUAUGUUACGUGGGAUCUUUGAUUUCGGUGCUAUUAAGAGUUUACUGACUGGUCCAGAGCAGCUGAAGAUCCGAAUAGAUGCAAUGAACGGAGUGAUGGGACCUUAUGUCAGAAGAAUCUUGUGUGACGAACUUGGUGCACCUGCAAACUCUGCAGUUAACUGUGUUCCUCUGGAGGAUUUUGGGGGGCAGCACCCCAACCCCAACCCUUCAUUUGCUGUAUCCUUGAUGGAGUCCAUGAAGGGCGGAGAGUUCGGUUUUGGUGCUGCAUUUGAUGCAGAUGGGGAUCGCUGUAUGAUCCUUGGUCAGAAUAGUUUCUUCGUAAACCCAUCAGACUCACUGGCAGUGAUGGCUGCCAACUUGUCCUGCAUUCCUUACUUCAGGCAAACGGGCAUCCGUGGCUUUGCUCGCAGCAUGCCCACCAGCACAGCUCUGGACAGGGUGGCCAAGGCCAUGAAGGUGGCUCUGUAUGAAACCCCUGCAGGCUGGAGGUUUUUCGGGAACCUGAUGGACUCGGGCAGGUGCUCUUUCUGUGGAGAGGAAAGCUUUGGAACAGGUUCAGACCACAUCAGGGAGAAGGACGGUCUUUGGUCAGUGCUGGUGUGGUUAUCCAUCAUGGCCGUGCGGAAGCAGGGGGUGGAAGAAAUAGUGAGGGACCACUGGGCUAAACUAGGCCGCAACUACUACUGCAGGUUUGAUUACGAGGGUGUAGAUCCCAGAGCUGCAUUUUACCUCAUGAGAGAUCUGGAGGCCAUGAUCACUGAUAAAGCCUUCACCAGUCAGAAGUUUGCUGUGGGAAACAACGUCUACGGUGUGGAGAAAACCGACAACUUUGAGUACAUCGACCCGGUGGAUGGCAGCGUAUCACGAAACCAGGGACUGAGGAUCGUGUUCACAGACUCGUCCCGCAUCGUGUUUCGGCUCAGCGGCUCUGGGGCAGGUGUGGGAGCCACCAUACGCAUCUACGCUGAGAGCUAUGAGAGAGACCCAGAGAGACACAGCAGGGAGACACAGGUUGUCCUGGGCCCUCUGAUCGCCAUCGCUCUAAAGAUCUCAAGCAUCCAUGAGCGGACAGGACGCAAAGGCCCCACCGUGAUCACCUGAUCUGAAUACCGAGACGCACGACAGGGGCCAAACCAUGAGACAGCCUUCUUCUGGGAUCCGCUCUCCAUGUCUUCCUCACGGUCUUUCACAGCCUCGCCCUCACUUUCCCCCUCCUCAAGCCGUGACUGCCUCUUGCUAGUCUGCACAACGUCCUGCUAUUUACAUUGUGUAUGUUUUUUGCUGCUGUUUCACAGACUAAACAAAGUUUCUCUCUCCCUCGCUUUCUCCUGUCCACCUGUCACUGUCUCAAAUGCAAAGAGAAAGCGUAGCUAUUCCAUUUUAUGAUGCCCCUUUACACAUGUGAAUCAUUAAAAUGUCUCUUUCACACUGCAUUUCUGCCACAGUUUUAUUCUUCAUGUAUAAACCAGUGCAAUGUUUUGGUUGUUCAGGUUUGUUUUAGAGUUCACCCGAGGAAACUGGCCAUUUUUAUGGUCUUGUUACAUUUUAACAUGUAGCACUGUUCCAUCCAGACAUUUACUGCUGUUGUAUCUCACGAAAACAAAUCAGUCAGAACUACGAAACAUACUCGUGUUGUGUCCUUAAAGCUGGAGGCCUGUCUAUGAAUUUAAACUCAACAUAUAGCCAGAGCUUUAUAGCAAAUGAAAGAGGAUUACUACUAACAGAGUGCACCUUUUAAUUUCAAAGUGCAGGUUUGUAUGAAUAUCACAGACAUUACGGAGUGUAGUAUAGCAUGAACAUUUAUUAUGAAUUUUAUUAAAUUAGAAAUUAAUCAUCAGUAGAAUUGCAACCUAAUGAAUGGAGUCAUCUCAUUCAUUUAUGGGUCAAAACUUUGGCAUGUGUCUGUGCAGUUCUUUAGCUGAACUCUUCUAACAUGAAGGACAAAACUGUAUUCAGUUCAAUGAGUCAAAUGUACGAGGGAGCAGUUUUAGGAACAUAUUUUAGGAAUGCAAUAUGAAACCUUGGAAAAUCUAAAAUGAAGGUCCAAAAUGCAAAGCGUUGCCUUGGGGAAGCAUGUUUUUUUUUUGGUGAAUUUUAUGUUAUAGCUUGUGGCCUGCUGUCACUGGGCUUAUGACCUGUUAUCACUGUGUUUUGUUUUCUUUUGAAAAGCAACCGCAAUACCAAUUUGUGAAUGUGAAUUUUUGAUCAGUGCUCCAACUUUUGAUUUAGUUCAACAGUUAGAAGCUUAAAAAAUAAUAGGGAUAAAAACAUAGUAAGGUAAAGCAAUGCUAAUGCCAUUGUAUUUAAUUUUGUAUCCGACGUUUUACUGAAGUAAACUGUUUUUUGUGUGUA